AUGGCCCAGUUAAUCCUCGCCACUUAUCCUCCUCCGUUGGACCCCGCGCAGGAGCAGUUCCUGGUCUCGACGAUCAAGGACUGGACAAUUCAGAAUGGCCUCACUGUCAGGCCGCCUCCUAAUUUCGUUCCGGAAGAGGCCGGCCAAAAGGGAGUGUUGGCAACGAAUGCGCCAGUAACACUGUUCCCCAGUCCGUUUCCGAAGUCGUGCUUCGAGGAGGCAAGAGCCGUCCAGACUGUCUAUAAUGAGUUGUACGCAGAGAUAUCACGCGACGAGAAGUGGCUUGGGGAGAUUAUGGAAGAGCUCAUCGACGUCGACGACUUCAUAUCGAACCUGUGGAAAGUGCACCUUGCCGUCAAGAAGGAGGGAUAUGUGCAGAAGCUCUCGCUAGGACUCUUCCGAUCCGAUUAUAUGGUCCACACGCCACCAGGAUCGACGGCUCCCUCUCUGAAACAGGUGGAGUUCAAUACCAUCUCAUCUUCCUUCGGUGGGCUGUCAUCACGGGUGACUGCCAUGCAUACAGAACUUCUGUCUUCACCGCCAGGCUUUCCAAUUAGCUAUCCGCGGCAUACUCUCCUUGAUGGCAAGUUGCCACCCGAGAAUACCGCAGUGGAAACCCUAAGCGCUGGACUGGCUGCGGCACAUACUGCUUAUGGAUCUUCAAAGUCGUCGCCGUCACUUCCACUAUGUAUCCUUUUCAUCGUUCAAGAGAACGAGCGCAAUAUAUUCGAUCAGCUAGCGCUCUCGACGCGCCUGACAAACUUCCAUAAGAUACCCGUCUUUCGUCUCAAGACAUCAGAGAUUCUGGACCGCACCUCCAUACCGGCUUCCAAUCCCUCCAGGCCCCUAGUCUAUACGCCACCUCACUCUCGGUCUACGCCAUUCGAAGUGACGACUGUGUACCUGCGAAGUUUUUAUGCUCCGACGGAUUAUAAAUUAGACCGCGACUGGGCUGCCAGGACUCAGUUGGAACGCUCUGCAGCUAUCAAAUGCCCAACAGUCCUCAAUCAGCUCUCUGGCUGUAAGAAAGUCCAACAGGUUCUUGCUGAUCCUAAUAGAGCAGAUCAUCUUGCCAGGUUUUUACCUGGCAAAGAUCAAGCGACUGUUGCGAGGAUACGCGAGACCUUUGCACCGCAAUAUGACCUGGCCCCUGGCGGUCGCGGAAGAGAGCUAGCGCUAAAUCCGGAAACGGCGGCAAACCAUGUGCUUAAGCCGCAACGAGAGGGAGGAGGCAACAAUAUCUACAAGACUGAUAUUCCCGAAUUCCUACGCUCCACCCCAGAGACUGAGUGGAAGCGCUGGGUGUUGAUGGAGCUCAUCCAGCCCCCAGCUGAGGCCAAGAAUAUCGUGCUCCGGAGCGACGGUCAAGUCGUAAGUGGAAAUGUUGUUGGCGAACUGGGGAUCUUUGGGACCAUUCUAUGGUCGUCAGACGGAGAGAUCCUGCACAACAAAGAAGGUGGGUGGCUGAUGAGGACUAAGGGCAAAGAAAGUAAUGAAGGAGGUGUAGCCGCCGGGUUCUCUUCGCUCGACAGCAUUGUGCUUUACUGA